AUGCGGCUACACUACUUCAACAGUACAACCUUCUACGUAGACAUGCUGUGCUUGCUGCCUCUCGACUUCUUAUACCUCAGUCUCGGGUUCAAAUCCCUCUUGCGCUCAUUCAGAUUGGUGAAAGUUUAUAGAUUCUGGGAGUUUCUAGAUAGAACUGAACGUCAUACGAACUAUCCAAAUGUUGUAAGGACGGUUGCACUCUUGCACUAUUUGUUUGUAAUU